AACGAGAACAACAUGAAGCACAGCAGCAGAAACAAAAUGAAGAGCCAUUUAGGCCCGCUCUUUGUCAUUUUGAUAAUGGCCGCCAAAUGCGCCAACGGUUAUCCACAGAAUCAGCAUCAUGAGUCAAACUCACAGCUGGAUCCCGAUCCGGAGUUUAUUGGCUUCAUCAACAAUGUGACAUAUCCGGCUGGCCGCGAGGCCGUCUUGGCCUGUUCGGUGCGCAAUCUGGGCAAGAACAAAGUUGGCUGGCUGCGUGCAUCCGAUCAAACGGUGCUCGCACUCCAGGGACGUGUCGUGACGCACAACGCCAGGAUCAGUGUGAUGCAUCAGGAUAUGCACACCUGGAAGCUGAAGAUCAGCAAGCUGCGGGAAAGCGAUCGCGGCUGCUACAUGUGCCAGAUAAACACGAGUCCCAUGAAGAAGCAGGUGGGCUGCAUCGAUGUGCAAGUGCCGCCCGACAUUAUUAACGAGGACUCCUCGGCGGAUCUGGCCGUGCAGGAGGGCGAGGAUGCGACGCUGACAUGCAAGGCCACGGGCAACCCGCAGCCGCGUGUCAUCUGGCGACGCGAGGAUGGCGAAAUGAUACUCAUACGCAAGCCGGGCAGCCGCGAGCUCAUGAAAGUGGAAACCUACAAUGGCUCCUCGCUGAGAUUGCUGCGCCUGGAGCGGCGCCAGAUGGGCGCCUACCUGUGCAUCGCCUCCAACGAUGUGCCGCCGGCCGUCAGCAAGCGGGUCUCGCUCAGCGUUCAAUUUGCGCCCAUGGUGCGUGCUCCUAGCCAGCUGCUGGGCACGCCGCUCGGCUCCGAUGUGCAGCUGGAGUGCCAGGUGGAGGCAUCGCCGUCGCCCGUUUCCUACUGGCUGAAGGGUGCGCGCACAUCGAAUGGCUUUGCCAGCAUCUCGACGUCCAGCCUGGAGGCGGGCUCGCCCGGACCCGAAAUGCUGCUGGACGGGCCCAAAUACGGCAUCACCGAGAAGCGCGAUGGCUAUCGCGGCGUCAUGUUGCUGGUGGUGCGCUCCUUCUCCCCCUCCGAUGUGGGCACCUAUCAUUGCGUCAGCACAAAUUCGCUGGGCCGUGCCGAGGGCACGCUGCGGUUAUACGAAAUCAAGCUACAUCCGGGCGCCUCAUCUAGCAACGAUGAGCACCACAAUUUCAUUGGCGGUCUCGAGGAGGCGGCGCGCAAUCUGGCCGCCUCCAGGCAAGCCGCUCGGCUCCUGCAGCCGCCCCUCGCCCUGUUGUUGCUUUGGGCAUGGAGCGCGUGAUAUCAAAACUGAGCGAGAGCCGGCAAACAAGUAUUCCUACAGGUGUUACCCAGCCCCUGAGCCGCAUCCGCACCAGCACCCGCACCCCAACCACGAUCGAAUGUGUUGCUUACGCUCCCGCUCAAGCAUCCCACCACCCCCCGCCCAUGCGCUAUUGUUUGUUUUUAUUUAGGCUUCCUUGGUUUUUUUUUUGUUUUGAUUUCGUGGCAUCGAUAAACGCAACAUAUUG